GUCAACUUCUAUGUAAGGGUGAAGGCAAUUUAUACCCUUGGACACAGUGUAUCUCUGAUUGCUCUUACAACAGGAAGCAUAAUUCUUUGCCUUUUCAGAAAACUUCAUUGUACUCGGAACUACAUCCAUCUGAACCUGUUCCUCUCUUUUAUUCUAAGAGCAAUCUCUGUUUUAGUCAAGGAUGAUAUUCUGUAUUCCAGCUCCAACACAGCUCACUGUCCAGAGGAUCAAACCUCAUGGGUGGGCUGCAAGGCUAUUUUGGUAUUUUUUCAGUAUGGUGUUAUGGCAAACUUUUACUGGCUCUUAGUUGAAGGACUUUACCUCCACAUUCUCCUUGUGCUAAUAUUCUCCCCGAACAGACACUUCACAAUCUACCUGCUGAUUGGAUGGGGAAUUCCUACCAUAUUCAUUAUUACGUGGACAGUGACACGGAUCAUUUUAGAGGACACUGG